AAAAAAAAAGAAAAAAAAUUAGAGGUAUCAAUUUGGUUUCUAAAUCUGUUAAACCAAAAAAAUCAAAUUCAAACAAUAAACCGAGCUGGGUAAUUAAACCGCCAAUACAGAUAAACCAAACCAGGUAUCGAGUAAAGUAAAGUAAACCAAUUUGUAGGUCAUGGUUUGGUAUAUAUUUCACAAAUCUGUAGAUUCCCAUUUCGUCUCUUUCCCCUAACACCAGAAACCGAAGCGAUGCCGUCGUCGACGCAGUCAUUGACCGUCGCAGCGAAGGCGCUACGUAACCGGAUCUUCUCCAGGUCCGGAUCCACAUCCGCCGGGCCUAGUCGCUGGGCCACACCAGGCCACGAGGAAAAGCCCAAAGGCUACUUCAUGAACCGUACUCCUCCUCCGCCGGGACAAUCCCGCAAAUGGGAAGAUUGGGAGCUUCCUUGCUACAUCACGAGCUUCCUCACGAUCGUCAUCCUCGGCGUGGGGCUCAAUGCGAAGCCUGAUCUUUCGAUCGAGACUUGGGCUCAUCAGAAGGCUCUGGAACGUCUCGAGAUCGAGAGGCUCGCGUCCGUUGGGGAUUCUUCUGAUUGAAGAGUUUUUUUUGUUAUUGUCGAUAAUGAUGAAAUAAGUGUUCUUUUUUUAACUGUUUUGACGCAAAGUUGAUUACUUUUUGAUUUGCUUGUUUUUGAUACAUUUUGAUUUACUCGUUUUUUUUUUGCUUAUUGAUAAAGAAAGUUUCUGUCUUUUAUGCCAUUG